AUGGCCUCGGCCGACUCAUUCGCGUCAUGGCACCCUGCUUUCCGGCCAAACUCCGACGCCAUAGAUGUUUCGGCGCCGAUCGAAGUACCCGCUAUAAAGCCAGUUAAUGCGACGAUCGAGAUCGAGAAUAUCCCCUCUGAACCAUCCUUUGAAGAGCUUGCCAAGGAGGAUGUGACCACCCAGAAUGUCGACGCAUGGUUCUCGGAGGACACAAAUGCCGAUGAAGACAACUGGCUUCCUGACUACCAAGACCGGCCAGUCGAGUCCGCUGUUGAAUCGCAACCUCUCGAAAAACCAGAACCGGAAGCGCCAGAAGCGCAACCGCUCGAACCCCAGGCGCCAGAAUCUCAUGCGCCAGCUCCCACAAGCGAUGAGUCUACCCAAGGUGCGGCAGCUGAAGCGCCUGUAAUAACCAAGACCGAAACCGAGGCCAUCACUGAGGCUGAAGCUCCCAAGCAGAUGAACUGGGACGACGGCGAUGCAGGCGUGGAUGACGGGACAGACUGGUUUCUUAACCGUUCCGAGUCCAACGACCCUCUCCAGUUUUUACCUGCCUCCGAUCGGUCAAAUUCGUUUCCUGCUGUGCCGCCUCUUGACCAGCCCGUCGCUGCUCAGAAGGACCGGUCUCUACCCCGAAGUCAGGUGGAGGACUUAAUGGAAGAGAAGGAACAUAAUAGCGAUGCGAUUUUCACGAGCACAGGGAUGGAAGAAGAUGUGUCUGCCGCGCGAUAUGAAGAGGGACUUCCUCUAAUUUCUCAAGUUUCAUCACAUGCGCUCCCUCCAAGCGAGGCGGAACCUACGGCUGCUCGUGUGGACGAUGCCUUCGUUGAUGAAGAGGAUGAUUUCUUUAGCAAUGUCGUCCACAACGCGAAACCUAGCUUUGAACCGCGUCCCCUUGAUCGGAAGUCUACAUUCCAGGCCAUGGGCCAGCCCAAGACGAGCGCUGCGCAAGUGUCGGCUCUAGGAGCCACUCUUGAAGAGGAAAUAGUCGAAGAAUCACAACCUGAGGCUUCUCAACAAUCCCUGCAGGACGGAAAGCCCCAUGUCGAGGCCCCGGCUGUGGCUGACGCGACUCCCGUCACUGCUGAAGGGGAACCCAACGAGGACUCAAAGGUUACCGAUGAGGAUGCACUGGCUGCAAAGUGGAGUGAGGCAUUUGCCGACGACGAGCUUCUUGAGGACGAAUUCCUCCCGGAUGAUGUUGCGACAGAGUCGAAGGGCGCUAAAGAAAUUGAUCCAGCGGCUUUCUUUGGUAGCGAUGACGAGGGCUUCCUGGAUGAUGUGGAGGAUGAGAAACCAUCAUCCGCGCCGGUACUGGCCCAAGUGCCUGCCGCCGCCGCUCCCUCUCCGACGACUGCACCCAGCGCUUCUCAGAAUCGAUAUGCCCCUCAAAUACCUCCCGCUUCUAAGGCUUCGAAUCCUUACGCGCCAACUACCACGCCAAAUGCAUUUAAUCCUCCUCCGGUGAUACCACACCCUGUCGGCUACUCCGCGACCGCGCCACCACAGGCGACGCUGUACGGUGGGCCUCCACCGAGGCCCUCGAGUCAACCCAAGGCUCAAAGCUUCGUGGACAAAUCAAAAGGCGGGUACACGUCGCCGUACGACCUUCCUAUGGAUGUUGUGGACGCCGUAAAGCCGAGGAAGAGGCCUAGCUUGCAACAACGUUCCUCCAGCAUUGGGCCUGCUAGCCCACCGAGUGCUCCUCCUCGGAGUGCAAGCGCGUAUGGCCAUGGCCCUCCUCCUCAUGCUGGCCCACCGUCUCCAGUGGCCGCAGGCGCUUCAACUCCCCCGCAUCUUCAUAGGACACCUUCUGUACCGCCUAAGGCUAAGGAGAGCUUCUUCGAGGAGCUUCCCAUCACUUCGAAACCCCGGCCAAGCUCCCGCCACGGUCGUACCUCAUCACCCGCACCUGUGAGCCCAUUGGUCGGGCCUCCUCCUGGUCCUCUUCCCCCCCCAAGCCGGGCUUUGUCCUUGUCAGCCGCUCCGCCGCUUGCUCCGCCGCCUUCACAUCCCCCCGUGCAGUCAACUACCCACAGUGCCGUUCCUGGUGCUGGCCUUGUAGCUCCUGAGUUGGUGAACCCAUAUGCCCCUCCCCCUACGGCGCCUCAUUCCACUCCUAUGGGGCCGCCCGGAGUCGCGAAUCUUGUGCAGCCAGAAAGAGUCAACCCAUAUGCGCCCAUGCCGAGCCAGUUAAACUCAAGCCCUUCUGUAACUAUGGCCGGCCAUCGGUACUCCCCUUCGCCGGACCAGCUACCACCGCAUCUUAAUGGCACUGCUACUUCCACCAUCUCGAACCGAUACUCACCAGCCCCUACCGGUUCCAGGCAACCAUCUGCUCACUAUGCUGCUCCGCCCGUCGCGGCGCAUCCUCCUGCCAUCCUACCCCACCAGCCUCGAACCUCCAGUCCUCUUGCACAUUUUGAGAUAUCUGCAAACCGCGCGAGUCAUAUUGCUCCCGGUCCUAAUGGCGAGAUUGUCCAUGGCGAUCGUCGUACUAGCCUGCCGCAUGAGCCUAGGAUUCAUAGGAUACCUUCUCUCCCGCCGACGCGUGAGGUUGACGAAGAGCAGGAGCAGGCAUCUCCGAAGUCAAACCAUUCUGCGCGCGCCGCCUCGGCUUCCAUUGCUGGUGCCAGAUACAGCCCCGUAACGGUUCCCGGCCCUAGGUCGACGCCGCCCCCACCGUUGCAGCCCAACCCAGCUCAGACAACUCUCUCUCCACCCAAGAGAUCGCCAUACACACCCCUGUCCACUCAGUCUUCUGGUGCCAAGGAACACAGCUUUCCUCCCCCACCUCGGUCUUUCUCCCAGUCUCCCACUUCUCUACAGCGUAGUAUGAACGGGCAGAUUCCCCACGAGUCCCCUCGACGAUCUGCUCCAGCUCAGGCCCCUGUAUCUCCCAAGACCUCUCAGCCACCAGCCGCGCCCGCAUAUGUCCCGACGCAUCGACCGCGGGCUCCUUCAUUGGCCAUGAACAUGGUGCCACCCACCGACGGUCGGGAGCGUGAUCCUCUUCAGCGGUGGAAGGGAGUUCCUAUACUUGUUUGGGGAGUUGGGGGAACCAUUGUCUCCACGUUCCCCAAGAGCGUACCGCGCUAUGGUAUUAGCCAGACUGCCCCGAUGAUCGUUCGAACUCCGGGUGAGGUCAAGAUUAAGCAUGUCAAGGACAUUCUUCCACUUGAGGAGAGAUUGUCUAAGUUCCCCGGUCCGCUCAAGGGAAAGUCAAAGAAGAAGGAAACCCUAGCCUGGCUUUCCUCCGGCAUCGACUCCCUGACCAUCGAGGUGCCUGACUUGACUUAUAGUCAGAAUCCCUCUCACGAAGAGAAGCGAUCUGUUGAGCGACUUGUUUUGUGGAAGAUCCUCCGAGUGUUCAUCGAAAAUGAUGGUGUCCUUGAAGGAAACCCCGCGGUUCAGAAGGCUGUCAGAGAUAUCUUGAUGCCAGGCCUGGAUGAAAAGGCAUCGGAGAACGCGCUUGCAUUUGGUGCAGGCCAGUCUGCUGCAACUUUGCAUCAGAGCGGCGCUGGUAUCGUGCAGGCUGAUGCCGUCGACGGCGCCGGUAUUGAGGUGAUCCGAAAGCAUCUGCUCGUCGGCGAUAGAGAAAAAGCUGCUUGGGCUGCUGUUGAUAAGCGGCUUUGGGGGCACGCGAUGCUUAUCGCAAACACCGUCUCCCCUGAUCUGUACAAGCAAGUUGCUCAGGAGUUCGUCCGCAAGGAAGUUAACUACCCAGGCCACAACAACGAGUCCAUCGCCGCACUCUAUAAGGUGCUCUCAGGAAAUCAUGAUGAAUGCGUGGACGAGCUAGUUCCUGUACAUGCUCGCGCUGGGCUCCAGCUUAUAGCCGCUUCGUCAACAAACACCUCGACCACGGAUUCUCUUGGUGGCCUUGACAAGUGGCGUGAGACCCUAUGUCUCGUCCUUGGUAAUAGAUCACCCGAAGACAUCCGAGCGAUUAAUGCAUUGGGAGGCCUACUUGCCAGUUAUGGACGGGCAGAGGCCGCUCAUGUCUGCUUCAUCUUCGCGAGGCACGCAUCCGUAUUUGGCGGCAUCGAUGAUCCUCGAUCAAAUUUCGUUCUCAUCGGAUCCGAUCACCGGGGCCAGGCUGAUCGCUUUUUUAAAGAUGCCGAAGCCUUGUUGCUCAGCGAGGUUUACGAGUAUGGUCUGUCUCUUUCGGGCACCGGGUUGCCAUUUGCACCCCACUUGGCCGGAUACAAGCUGCAGCUCGCUAGCACCCUUGCCGAAUAUGGACAGCGAGACAGAGCGCUUCAGUAUUGCGAAGGCAUUCUCAACGCCAUGGGCUCACAGACCAAGAGAUCCCCUUAUCACCACCCCAUGCUAGAGCAAGCGGUCGAAGACUUUAUCAAGCGCCUUAAGCAGGCUCCUAAGGAAGAGUCGAACUCUUGGAUUCCGAAGCCAAGCAUGAACAAGGUGUCAGACACGAUGUGGAGCACAUUCAAUAAGUUUGUCUCGGGCGACGAUAACGACGGCUCCGGCAACGGAACUAACGGCGACGUGGGCGCGGAAUCCGGACCAUUUGCCAAGAUUGCCGGCGGUACCCCGACCAUCAGCCGCUCGCCAUCUGUGUCUAACUUUGAAUCCUAUGGUACAAGCCAGGCUGGAUAUCCAAUGGGGCCCGCCCCUACAGGCAUGAAUGCGCCUAGCUUCGCCGCGGCUCCUGCUCCACCGGCUUCAAGAACUGCCUCCCGCUAUGCUCCGCUCCCGCAACAAGGGCAAGCGACGGCGCCAGCCAACCCAUAUGAGCCCACUUCAUCCUACACACCUCGUUCCUCAAGUGAAGUUGCCCGCCAUCAGCCCAAUCAUUACGAGCCUAGUCGACCAUCAACGGGUUAUCAGCCGCAGCCCCCGCAGCAGCAGCAAUAUAACCCAGCACCGGUCUCUCAACAAGGCUACCAGCCCACUCCAACAGUGCCUGCACCCCAACCCACAGUCUCUCAAGGCCCUUCUUAUCCCCUGCCAACUCAGACAGAGGCGCCGUCCUAUCCCGGCCAGGCUCCGGCGGCUACCUCAUCGGCCUACGCUCCUCUAGGUGUCCAAGAGUCAACCUAUAACCCUACGCCCUCCCAAGAACCAGCCGGGGGAAAUGCUAUGAGCAAUGGUCAGAUCCAGGAUAGCUAUCAGACCCCUUCUUAUGGCUACCAACCACCUAGCUUCACUCCGGCUGCCGCGGCGGACACGCCAGUUGAGGCCGCAGCAGAGACUGCUGGGGGUGAACAAACCACCUCGAGUGGCGGAUAUGAGCCCCCUUCGUUCCAGUCAUAUGGAUAUGAGCCGCCAUCUUACGAGCCUCAGUCUGAGCCUUCUGCGGAGGAAGAAGACGGACCAGCACCUAGACCUAAGAAGAAGGGUAUCAUGUACGAUGAUGAUGAUGAUGAUGAUGACAUUCCCGGGCUGAAGCCUCGCGAGAAGACCAAGGCAGAGAAGGACCGAGAGAACGAGGAGAUGAUCAGGAGGGUCGCUGAAGAAGAGGCGAAACGUGCAGCAGAGAAACAAGCGACCAAGAAGGGCUGGGGAUUCGGCAGCUGGUUUGGAGGCGGAAAGAAGGAGACACCUGCGGAGCAGUCCAACAAGCCCAUCAAGGCCAAUCUCGGAGAGCAAAGUAGCUUCGUCUACGAUCCCGACCUCAAGCGAUGGGUCAACAAGAAGGCCGGAGCGGAAACCACCGAGGCCAAGAAGGCUACGCCUCCACCGCCCAGGGGGCCCCCUCGUUCGGCCAACUCCACGCCGCCCCCGCGUAUGGCGGGAACGCCGCCUCCACCUAGCUCCGCCACGGCUGGCGUAGGUCGCUUCUCCGCGCCUCCGGGAGGACCGCUCGGCGCACCGCGUCGAGUGGGUACUGCGCCUGCUCUCGGGGAGUCUCUUAGUCAGGAUAGCCUCAGCAUCCCCCCGCCCAUGGCCAGGUCGGUCUCGAACCAGAGCGCAGCGGGCCCCCCUAGUGGACCUCCUAGCAGGCCGACAACGAGCAUGAGCAAUGCCAGCAGCAUUGACGAUCUUAUUGGUGCUGCGGCGCCGAGGAAACCUGGGCAGAAGAAGCCCCGGAAAGGUGGACGUUAUAUCGAUGUGAUGGGUCAGUAG